UCCAGCAGUCAGUCGCCCUCUGCCCCACCUCGAGCGAGCACCUCAGCUUCCACCACACGCGAGAACUUUCAGCCCCCGAGUGGAUCUCAUCAUGGAGGUCGGAUCCCCGCGCGCGCUGUGGACCGCCGUCUUCCUCCUGGCGUGCGGACGCCUGUCGGCAUUCAACCUGGACACCGGGGACGUGGUGCGGAAGGACGGGGAAGCGGGCAGCUUGUUCGGCUUCUCGCUCGCCAUGCACCGGCAGCUGCAGCCGGUGGACAAGCGAAUACUGCUGGUCGGCGCCCCGACAGCCAAAGGAUUGGCGGGUCAAAAAUCCAAAGUGACGGGGGGACUCUACAACUGUGACGUGACCUCCGCCUCACGUGGUUGCAGCAGAGUGAUGUUUGACAACAACGAGGAUACUGGAACUGAAAGCAAAGAAAACCAGUGGAUGGGAGUGAUAGUCAAAAGUCAGGGCCCAGGAGGCAAGAUUCUGACCUGUGCCCAUCGCUACCAGCGGCGGAAAAAGGACGUGGAUUCCCGUGACAUCAUCGGCCGCUGCUACGUGCUGAGUGAGUCCUUGACUAUUGAUCCAAGGGUGCCAGAAGAGGGGAAAGACUGGCAUUUCUGUGCCGGCCGGCCUAAAACCCACGAGAUGUUUGGCUCCUGCCAGCAGGGCAUGUCUGCCACCUUUGACAAAGACUACCACUACUAUAUCUUUGGAGCUCCUGGCGCAUACAACUGGAAAGGGGUGGUACGCUUGGAACAAAAUAACAUGACAUUACUUACUAUGGGUGUCUAUUCCGACGGACCUUUUGAGACCGGAGAUGAGAACCUCAAAGACCCUGAGAUGGUCCCCGCCCCGCCCAACAGCUUCCUGGGCUUUUCCUUGGACUCGAGUAAGGCUCUGACCAAGAUGGGCCAGCUCACAGUCGUGGCCGGAGCUCCCAGAGCCAAUCACAGUGGAGCCGUGGUGCUGCUGAAGAAGGGCGAUGACACGACCAAAGCGUUGCUAGAAGAGUUCACCCUGCAAGGGGAGGGGCUGGCCUCGUCGUUCGGCUACGAUCUGACCGUGCUGGAUCUCAACGGGGACAAGUGGCUGGACAUAGUGGUGGGAGCCCCUCAGUACUUUGAGAAGGAUGGGGAAAUAGGAGGAGCCGUCUACGUCUACGUCAACAAAGCCGGGAAGUGGAACCAAGUCACCCCCAUCAGAAUAGAUGGAACUAAGGACUCCAUGUUUGGUCAGGCUGUGGAAAACCUGGGGGACAUCAAUCAGGAUGGUUUCGAGGAUUUCGCAGUUGGAGCUCCUUAUGAGAAUGAAGGCGCAGGGGCUGUAUUUGUCUACCAUGGAGGAGCCAACGGUCUCCACUCUAAAACAGCCUCACAGGUUUUGUCCGGCGAGACUUUAGGGGUGAGACAGUUUGGCUACUCGUUGGCAGGAAACAUGGACCUGGACAGGAACGCUUACCCCGACUUGGCUGUCGGAUCGCUCUCUGACUCCGUCUUUGUCUUCAAAGCCCGUCCAGUAAUUAGCAUCAAGAAGGAAAUCAAGUUCUCGCCGAAGGAAAUCGACCUCACCAAAAAGAACUGUGGCAGCGGCGUCUGCUUGGAGGUUGAGGCCUGCUUCACCUACACUGCCAACCCCAAGGAUUACGGUCCCAGUCUGACCGUGGAAUACUCCCUCGCGGCAGACGCCGACAAGACGCGUAACAAUUUCAAAUCCAGGGCCACCUUCAAAGAGCCUUCGGAAAAUGGCCACCAGUCCAAAGGGACCAUCACCAUGGACACCAAAGGAAAGGAAAAGUGCAUUAAGCGUCAGCUUGAGAUCCAGGAAAAUAUUCAAGACAAGCUGCACGGGAUCCCCAUCGACGUGUCCGUGGACAUCAAGGGCAGCGGCCGUAAACGCAGGCAGAGCUCAUCCUCGGUGACACCUGUCCUCAACGCCAAUGAGCCAUCGACGAUUCGCUCAGAGGUGCAAUUCCUGAAGGAGGGAUGCGGUAGCGACAAUGUUUGCCGAAGCAACUUGAAAGUGAUGUAUCGGUACGGCUACAUGAUAACGGACGACACAUUCACUCCGUUACAACUGGAGGGCGACACGCCGGUGAUCUCGCUCAGUGAGCAGAAGGACAUCGCCUUGGAGGUCAAAGUGUCCAAUCUAAAUGGAGAUGACGCGCACGAAGCCUCUGUGGUCGCCCUCUUCCCGCGCGCCCUUUCCUACUCUGCUUACAGCGUUGCGGAUGGCGGGCAGGUAACCUGCAAAGCCAAUAAAAAUGGUUCUCGGGCCGAUUGUGAGCUCGGAAACCCCUUCAAACGCAACUCAGAGGCAACCUUCUACAUUAUUCUGGGUACAUCACGCAUCUCUCUAGAUACUACUGAGUUGGAGAUUGAUCUUCAGCUAGAAACGACAAGCAAUCAAGAUAACAUUGCCCCCGUUAAAGCAAAGGCAAAGGUGCUCAUCACGUUGCAGCUGUCUGUAUUAGGACAAGCUGAGCCGUCCCAGGUGUACUUUUCAGGAAAGGUCAAAGGUGAGGCAGCCAUGAAGCAAGAAAGUGACAUUGGCAGCGCCAUCACACACAACUUCAGAAUAAUCAAUCUGGGAAAGCGCUUGAAAGACUUUGGCACGGCCACCCUCGACAUCCACUGGCCAAAAGAAGUAGCGUCAGGGAAAUGGCUUCUGUACCUGAUGAAUAUCAGCUCCACUGGAGUGGACAUGGAGUGCUCUCCUAAAACGGCGAUCAACCCUCUUAACAAGGAACCAAGUGACACCAGGGUGAGAAGAGCAGCAGGAAUCCCCCCAAGAAGUGAAGAAGGCACCAUUUCACGUUUACUCGACACAAAGAAAUUUAAAACUCUGACCUGUCUCGAAGGGGCCAAAUGUGUGACGAUAAAGUGCCCCCUACGGGGCUUGGACAGUAAUGCCGUCAUCACUCUCAAAUCUCGCCUCUGGGACAGCACAUUCAUAGAGGAUUACUCCUCGCUGCAUCGCGUGGAGGUGAUCGUAAAGGCCUCUCUGCAUGUCGAUACCACAUCAAAGAACACAGUACUAACAAAUGCUGAGACACAGGUGAAGCUGACGGUGUUCCCAGAGAGGGUGGAGGCCCGGUCCGGAGGAGUGCCGUGGUGGAUCAUCGUGCUGUCCAUCCUGUUCGCGCUGCUGCUGUUGGCCCUGUUGGCUUUCCUUCUGUGGAAGUGCGGAGUCUUUGGGAAAAAGAAUAAAGAGGACCCGUCAGAAAGAGAGAAACUCACAGGAAAUGCAUAAUAAACAGCGAGAGGUCUGUCUUUUUUAAGCGGGACAGAAAUGAAGACAAGGUUCCAAUUUACAACGCUGUUCGCAUCAAGCGGGAGGAGAGGGGAAUAAACCCCAGGAAUGGACACUGGGAGAACCUGGAAAAGAAGCCCUGGAUGACAACCUGGCAUGACAAGGAACAUUAUUCUUAACAGCCAGCGAGAAUCCGACACCCCACAGAUCAUCUGUUGCUUACUAAUGAAUUCAAAACUUCUGAUUUUUCUUGCCUUUUUGCACAGUGUGCACUAUAAAUAUAAAGAAAAUAACUGGCAGAACAAUGUGUAGGGCAGCUUUCCAAACAUUCUGCUUCAGAGGCUGAAUUAAGAGUUGUGGAGUGGGAGAUGGUUCUGCACAUCUGUCUGUUAGAGCUUUGGAAAUGGUGUUCUAUGUUUACUACAUUCAGUGUUGACUGGGGGAGGGAGGGCGUUUGCUAGAGCGUUUGUACAUUGUUUUAAUGGGUUGCAGAAUAGUUUUCUAUUUAUUAUUCAUGCCUUCCUGUUUCAUGCCUUACAGGCCAAAGAGUCGUGUAAUGCAUACAGAGGCAUCUUUUUUAUUUUAACGAAUAUGUGCCAUUUCCUCCCCAUGUAAAAGUGGAUUUUUUAUUACGGUUUAUCAAUUGUGUAUUUUGUGGAUAAACUUUACACUUCAGCGGUCAAGCACGCCGUUUUUAAAUAUAAAACAAAGCUUCUGCAGAAUUAUUUUUAUUCACUGGCUGUAAAAACAAUUAGGAGCAAACUUUCUCUUUAAUAAAACGUUCAAACACAAUCA